AUGAAUAUUGAAAAAGAAUCUAACGAACCUACAAAGCAAUCUAAGAUCUCUUAAAGUUUGGCCAAGGGAUUUGAAACGCAGUUGUAAGUGAAUUAAAAGUAACAAAGUCAAAGCAGCAAUUCUAAUUAAGGAAGUUAAAAUGGGUUCGUUGUAAAUGGCAGUUAGACUAAUAGUAGUAGCAAUGGAUCAGGUUCUUUCGUUUUACAUAACAACUAAAGUAAUGCUAAUAAAAGCGAAAUUCUAAAGAACAGUAAAAUAAACUCAUAAAAAAUAAAUAAUAAAAGCAUAUAGCAGAGUUAGUAGAAUAAUUGUUAAGUAAAUGCAAAUAACUUAAUUUCAAGUAAUUAUAACACAAUCUAAAAUGCUUCUGAAUAAGAUGAAAUCAAAGAAGAAAUGAGAAAAAAAAUAAAAUAUGAAACUUACUCUAAUCAUAGUGGAAGUAAUAGUGGAGAUAAUUACACUUCUUAAAAAGGAGUAAAUUUGUAAUAAGGAGUAAUGAAUAAUUUUGUAAGUUACAAUUCAUCUUAAAACAAUGAGUAAAUAUUUAAUGAAAAUCCUAGCAACGGCAAAUAGAUAUAGUAAUAGUAAUAGAUAUAACAAGCAAAUAAUGUAAAUUAGUAACCAUAAACUCUCUUAGAUGACUAAUAAUUUAGGAAUAUACAAUCUACUUUAAUGUAACUAUAGGAAUAAAAUAACAUCCAAAAUUAAAAAAUAUAGCAAUAGCAUACUUACUAAUAAUAAAUAUAAUAAAUGAUUCCAGAGCUUGUUAUGCUGAUGCAAAAUUAAAGCCUUGGUUAAAAUUAAAUGCCUUUUCAAAACUAGAUAUAACCUAUUCAAUAAUAAAAUCAGAAUUAAUAAUAAAUUUAAAAAAAUAAUAUACUUCAUGCAUUCUUAAAUUCAAUGAUGUAACAAUAGUAGUAGCCAUCCAACAAUAUUUAGCCUUAAAUUUAAAAUUAGACCUAGCACUCUUAAAUAGGAAUUGGUAAUAUUGUAGGAUAAAAUGUAUUUAACUAAAAUAGUUUGUAGUAACCUCAGCAAAAUAACAAUUAAGUAAGCUAAAUUUUAAGUUUCUUAUAAAACAAUGGCAAUAAUGCAAAUAAUAAUGGAAAUUCAAUAUCAAAUAUUUAAGAAGAGGAAAAUUAAAAAAAUAUGCAUUUAAUCCAGCAGAUAUAAGAUUUUUAUUCUAAAAUUGUUUCUUUUGAAGAGGUCUAAUCAAACAUGAUAAAGGAACUUUAUAAAAAAAGCAAUCAUUAGUUUGAGCUUAUAAGCAAUGUUAGACAGGAAAUAAUGUAAAUAAGAGAAUCAAUAAGAUUAAACAACCAAUCAAAGCAAUAAGGAUAAUAGUCAAAUUAACAAAAUAAUUUUGACUUUUCUUAAUUAGAAAGAGCUAACUUACCAUAAGAGACCACUAUAGGAUCGUAAGGAGCUAGUAGUUUACUUUAGUAUCUCUUUAAUAAAUAGGAUUCAGACUUCAAAUAUGAACUGAAGCCUGCUGAAGAAAUACCUCAUCCUUUCUAUAGGGAAAGAAACUUUAGUAUAAAGUUAUAACUAUACGAUAGACAGGGAAAUAUGAUUUAAAACCAAAAUAAAGUUACUCUAACAAUGGCUCUAUAUACCUCUGAAAAUCCUCCAUAAGUCAUCAAAUAAAAUACUUUGGGUAAUUAAAUUUUAAAGGGAUUUUUAGAAAAAGAACUUUAUUUAGGAAGAGUGUCUUUUGAUAAAAUAUAAAUUAAAGAAGUAACCUCUCAUUAUCUGAAUGGAUGGAUUUAUCUGAUAAUAUUCCCUAAACAUCCAAAAGAAAGCAAACUAUAAAGCAAUUAAGGAAAUCAAGAUCAUGUAGAAAUAAAACCAUUAAUUUUAGAAAAAAUUAUUGUAAAGGCAAAGAAAAUGAGAGAAAAUAAAUUCCAAAAUUCUAAUAAAAACUAAUAACUUAUUUAAAAGAGUGAGGAAGAUAAAAGCUCGAUGUAAUCUGAUAAUAAACUAUCACAAUAACAAAUCAACUCUAAUGCAUGUAGUGGAAUGAGAGAUGAAGAUGAAGAAAAUGAUGAAGAAGACGACGAAAUUGACAAUGACAUUGAUAACGAAUAAGAUGAAGACAUGGAUGAAGACUCUACAAACAAUUAAAAUAUUGACUCAUCUUAACAAAAGAAAGAUGAUCCUUCAGCCAACUAAUAAUAAAUAUUGAAUUUAAAAAUUGAACAAGAAAAAUCUUAAAACACACAAUAACAGUUAAUUAUCAACUAAGAAGUUAAGAAUAAAUGA